CUUGGCACCGUGCGACUGCUGUGCCUUCUGGAACAGAACAAGCUGACGGACGUCGACAGCACUUGAUUGACAAUCGCGGUCAACGCGUCUCGAUAUUGUUCUAGAGGUCUUCAUUUGCUUGGAGGUUUAUCAGGUCUCUUGGCUUAGGCCCUUGCAGAUACUCGCUGCACCGUCUCGCUCCAUACCAAGCACCAGCGAACGACAACCGAACGAUCCGAACGAUCCGAACGAUACGACCCGAUCGAUGAUGCGAUAGCCUAAACUCCUCCACUACGCCGACGCGAUGGAGGAUCCUUGGGGCGCUUCUCCAUGGACCACGCCCGCCCCCGACAACGACCGGGGGCCAGAGCCGCCGCCUCGCGCAUUCCUCACGUCCACGACCACCGACAGCUUACCUGGGUUGGAAUUCACCUCGCCCUGGGGUGGGGACGAUGAUUCCAACUGGACCUCGGGCUCGCUCAAUGCCUGGGGGAAUGUGACAGACAACCCGCGAUCGCGGUCGCGCGAGAACAGUUUACACAGCCUAGCGGGGUCGCGGCCACGGUCGAGGGAUAAUAGCGUUAGCGGUAGGGCAUGGCCGAUAACGUCUCCUGGGGUUGCAGCAAAAACACUGUCGAGAUCGAGUUCGAAUUCCGCGUUGAGGCUUCCAGGGACGCAUCUGGAUCCCUGGGCUUCAGAUACGAGUCUGGAAUUGCCUCCCAGUCCGCCCAAGGCUGCCGUCUCGCCUGGCUUUGGUGCAAAGUUCAGCCUGCAGGAUACGAUACCUGAAGCGUCCCCUGAUCCUGAUGAGUUUAAGGAACUGGAGGUGACAAGCCAGUGGGGAAGGGACAAGGAACAUGUAGAAAUCAAGGACACGACGGAGACAGAUCAGGUGCAAGAUUCAGAAACAUCACAUCAAAAUGCCGAAAAGACACGGUCGAGAGCAUCGACUACAUGCUCCGAGGAUAGCAGGCAGGAAACCAGGCCACAAGACUCGCCCAUCACAUCUAUAGACGAAGACUCUAGACCCAAGCCGAUGCCACACAGCCCAAUGCAGAGAAAAGUGUCGGCCAAAGUGUCAGACUUGGCCAAGAUGUUUGACAGCGCUGGGAAAUCGUCUCCGGCAACCUCAAUACCUCGGCCUAUACCGUCAACUCGUAAGAACUUUAAGGAACUUGUCGAGGUAGCUCGAGUCAGCUCGACGAUUACAACAACAACAGUUGCAACGUCGAUACCACGCCCGUUGCCUGCGACGAGGGCCAGCUUCCAAACGCUUGUUGAAGCUGCCAACAUUAGCACCCAACCCGAGCUCCCUGCGACCUCUGUUCCACGCCCACCGCCGCCCACUCGUACCAACUUUCAAGAGCUUAUAGACAAGUUCGGCUCGGUGCAGUACCAACAAGAGUUGACGGACAAGUAUGGUGAUGUGCAGUUUACGGCUGAUCUCAAAGCCGUCGACGAGCUCUUUGAGAAGCUGGGCCUCAAAGAUAGCACUUUUGGAGAUCCAGAAGACGCCGACGUCUCGGAUCGAAUCGUCAAUGACACAUUCUCGUCAAUAUCUGAACGACGGGUAUGGUAUCGUGUCUCUCGACAAGGGACCAAGAGGCUGCAUGAUGCUGGUGGUGAUGACUACUACCGAAGAGUAACCUGGCCGACUUCUGAAGUACGCAACGACACGUUCAAAAUCGUGCGGCGUUGGAUGGAAGAGGAUGCUUUUGCGGGUGGUCGACCUUCGCUCAGGGGCUACAGCGGGGGAGCGAACAAGGCAAAAGGGGCCGCCUUUGGCUGGGAUUCCUCGGUUCCGGAUGAGCCCGUGAACCUUGACGAGGUCUUUAAGAAGAAACGACAGAGUGCACCGCCAGCCAGUAAAGUUGAACCUGCUCCUGCUCCUGCUCUGGCAAGUUUUGGAUGGAGCUCGAAGCCUAGUACACCCUCGAACGGGUUCUCUUGGAGCACUUCAAUGAUGGACGCGGCAAAACCUUUAUCGAAUGGAGCACCGCGGCCCGUAUCUAUGUUUGCCACAUCAAAACCAUUGGAUCCUCCGGCCCCAGCUAAAGAGGACGAUGAUGACUGGGGAGAGAUGAUCACAUCUCCUGGAGCUAAUGGAAACGGGAUGGAUCCUGCAUUCUCCAUGAGCUUUGACGCACGUGACAAGGCAAACGCGGACGUCAAACCGCCAGUCAAGAGUGCCCCCAAGACAGCAUCUGCCUCGGAUGUAUCUCAACCCAGUGAUUCUACCGCUAGCGACCAGUGGGAUCUGUCGUUCUUUGGCGCCUCGGGUCCAGCGCCUGCGAAUACAGCCGGCGGUCUUCAAGCUGUUCCCACUGACAUCAAAGAUUCAACACCUCGCUCGCACUCACCAUUACCCGCAGACUCGAAACCAAGGAAGAUGGUUGCCUUUGAAGGAAUGGAAGAUACUGAUGAUGCCUACGAAGAUGAAGUCCGCCGUGUGGUGCGGAACUUGCCAGACCUGUCGUACAUGCUUCGAUGAGCGUGGUCAGAUCCUUGUAACUGAGGUGUUUGUCUCACUUUCUUUAAUUCGAUUGUAUAUUUGUAAUGCACGACCUUGUCGUUCAUUCUUUGGCACGUUGGAUACUUUGAGGUUAUUUCCGGUGCAAUCGGCGCUUGGGUUGUUACUGCAGGAUGGUCGGUGUAAAUUAUUGGUUUACAAAAUGUAUGACUUCGCAACGAAUUCUUUCACGCAGGUGUAGCACCAUAGGCUGUGCCAUGUGUACGCGCUGUGGUAUUUGCCUCUACCCUGACCAAGACGUUUGACAAACCAUCGCUAGGUCGGCAACAUACUUUACAACCAGACAUGAAGCUCGA